CAUCGUUGUAACAGGCUCGAUCAGACGCUGGUGCCCGUUACUUGGUGACAAGAUACAUAGCCAUGGCGCGUUCAUUUCCAGAGCAUAAAUAUCUGGCAUUGGACCCUCGAUAUUCUACUUUCUCUCCUCCUCACUCUCAUCAUCAUCAUCAUCAUCUUUCUUCCUUCUUCUCUUACUUCUUCCACUAAACAAUAAACCCUUUUCACAACCGCCAAAAUGGUCAAGGUUCUUGCAGUUCUCUACGACGGUGGCCAGCACGCCAAGGAUCAACCCCUCCUUCUCGGUACCACUGAGAACGAGCUCGGUAUCCGCAAGUGGCUCGAGGACCAAGGCCACACUCUUAUCACCACCUCUGACAAGGACGAUGAGGGUUCUACCUUCGAUAAGGAGCUCGAGGAUGCUGAGAUCAUCAUCACCACUCCCUUCCACCCCGGUUACCUGACCGCCGAGCGUCUUGCUCGUGCCAAGAAGCUCAAGCUCGCUGUUACCGCUGGUAUCGGCUCUGACCACGUUGACCUCAACGCUGCCAACAAGACCAACGGCGGUAUUACCGUUGCUGAGGUCACUGGCUCCAACGUCGUCUCCGUUGCUGAGCACGUUCUCAUGACCAUCCUCGUCCUUGUCCGCAACUUCGUCCCUGCCCACGAGCAGAUCGAGGCUGGUGACUGGAACGUUGCCCACGCUGCCAAGCAGGAGUUCGAUCUUGAGGGCAAGGUUGUUGGUACCGUCGCUGUCGGCCGCAUUGGUGAGCGUGUCCUCCGCCGCCUCAAGCCCUUCGACUGCAAGGAGCUCCUCUACUUCGAUUACCAGCCCCUUUCUCCUGAGAAGGAGAAGGAGAUUGGCUGCCGCCGCGUCGACACCCUCGAGGAGAUGCUCGCUCAGUGUGAUAUCGUCACCAUCAACUGCCCUCUCCACGAGAAGACCAAGGGUCUCUUCAACAAGGACCUCAUCGCCAAGAUGAAGAAGGGUUCUUACCUCGUCAACACCGCCCGUGGUGCCAUCGUCGUCAAGGAGGACGUCGCUGCCGCUCUCAAGUCCGGUCACCUCGCCGGUUACGGUGGUGAUGUCUGGGACCACCAGCCCGCUCCCAAGGACCACCCUCUGCGAACCGCCAAGAACAACUGGGGUGGUGGUAACGCCAUGGUUCCUCACAUGUCCGGUACCUCUCUGGACGCUCAGAUCCGAUAUGCCAACGGCACCAAGGCCAUCAUCGACUCUUACCUCUCUGGCCGCCACGACUACAAGCCUGAAGAUCUCAUCGUUCACCAGGGUGACUAUGCCACCAAGGCCUAUGGUCAGCGUGAGAAGAAAUAAAUGUUUUGAGAGAAUGGAAGAAAUGAUUUGUACAUGAUGAUGAAUAAUUUUACAACAACUGCAUUAUAGACGCGGGUCAAAAGCAAUCAGCGUUGCAGAUAAUACAAUUUGUUAAAGUUCUCCCUCCUUUUGUCUUUUGUCUCCAGUGAUUUUAGUAUACCAACCAAGUGACCUGAAUGCAUGCUUCUUUCUGAAAUUCCAGGCUUUGUAUUUACUGAUCACUUGAAGUCACUGAGCAGAUUACGAAAAUGAAAAACCAUGUCAAUCUGGCAAGCUCUCAACUAUUUCAAUAAUCUCCAUUAAGUAGCAUUAAUAAGGGUAGCAA